CGGCACGGCCGUCCGAUCAAAUCGGGCUAGCACAGCACAGCCAGCACGCGCCGCGCUCAGCGCUGUACUUGCACAAAAUAUCGCCUUGCUCACGCGCUGUCUAGCCUGUCUGGACUCUGGAUUAGUAUAUCCUUGAGCGCAGACAAAUCACCCCCUUCCUCCUGUUCAUUUCCUCCUGCUCCCCUCUCCUCCCUUCCCCCCCUCCUCGCCGCUCGCCGUUGAAGAGGUAGGCCCACGGGCCGGCGAGAAUGGAGGCGGCGACGAUGGUGUGGACGGCGGCGGUGGUCGGGGCGGGGCUGGUGUACUGGUUCGUCUGGGUGAUGGGCGCGGCGGAGGUGAAGGGCAAGCGGGCGGUGGAUCUCAAGAUGGGAUCCAUCACGCGGGACAAGGUGCAGGACAAGUACACGCAGUACUGGUCCUUCUUCCGCCGCCCCAAGGAGACGGCCACCACGGCGGCGUCGGCGGAGAAGGUGCCGGCCUUCGUCGACACCUUCUACAACCUCGUGACCGACAUCUACGAGUGGGGGUGGGGCCAGUCCUUCCACUUCUCCCCGUCCCUCCCCGGCCGCUCCCACCGCGACGCCACGCGCGUCCACGAGGAGCGCGUCGCCGACCUCCUCGGCGCCAGGCCGGGCCACCGCCUCCUGGACGUCGGCUGCGGCGUCGGCGGGCCCAUGCGCGCCAUCGCCGCGCACUCGGGAUCCAACGUCGUCGGCAUCACCAUCAACGAGUACCAGGUGAACCGCGCCCGCGCGCACAACCGCAAGGCCGGCCUCGACUCCCCGCGCUGCGAGGUCGUCUGCGGCAACUUCCUCUCCAUGCCGUUCCCGGACGCCUCCUUCGACGGCGCCUACUCCAUCGAGGCCACCUGCCACGCGCCCAGGCUGCAGGACGUGUACGGCGAGGUCUACCGCGUGCUCAAGCCGGGGGGACUCUACGUCUCCUACGAGUGGGUCACCACCCCGCUGUACCGCGCCGAGGACCCGGACCACGUCGAGUGCAUCCACGGCAUCGAGCGCGGCGACGCGCUCCCGGGGCUCCGCCGCCAGGACGAGAUCGCGUCCAUCGCCAAGGAGGUCGGCUUCGAGGUGCUCAAGGAGCAGGACCUUGCGCUGCCCCCCGCGCUGCCCUGGUGGACGCGCCUCAAGAUGGGCCGCAUCGCCUACUGGCGCAACUCCCUCGUCGUCCGCGUGCUCACCAUGCUCCGGGUCGCGCCCAAGGGCGUCUCCGAGGUGCACGAGAUGCUCUACGAGACCGCGCAGCACCUCACCCGCGGCGGCGAGACCGGCAUCUUCACGCCCAUGCACAUGGUGCUCCUCCGCAAGCCCGCCGCCGCCGCCUCCACCGAGGAGGCCAACUAGUGUAAGACUACACACCGCCACCAAUCAGUUACUACUCGCCCACCGCAAGGGGGAGAAAAUGGGGAGGGAGGAAAAAGAUGCAAGCAGCAGCAGCACCAGAGGUAAGAAGAGCAGGCUAAUCGGCGACUUGAAGAAGUUACAAAUUGAUCUAUUAGAGAAGAAGAUACUACUAGGAACGAUGCUUCUCUCCGUUUACUCUUUUCCCUGUUCGUAGCUUUGAGUUUUAAUUUUUGUUUUUUGGUGGACGGAUUGUUCCGGGGAGGUCGAGGUUGGGAUCUAAAUUUAUUUUCAAUCGGUGGAGAUCCAUCUAUCAGCAGCAGCAGCAGCAGCCAUGUUUUCUCUCCAACAAUACACUGGAAUUGAAUUCCUAACGGGCAGAUCGGAUCCUUGAAAUUGAAUUUAAUUCUAAUAAUAUGAAUUUAGAU